AAGAAGAGCUUCUCUAUCAACUACGAAGAAGACGACUAAUAAUAUUCCUUUGCUCAAUCUAGGGUUUACUUCUUCUUCUCCAGUUUUCAAGGAGAUUUUAAGCUCCAUCUCGUGACAGGGAUGGACCAUUGGUGAAUUUUGAGGUCCAGGAGAAUCUGUCAUUUUCAACACAUUGUGUGGAAUCAUCUGAAGAAGUUUGGUAAACAGAAGGAACAAGGAUCUAUGAAGAUCCUCUUGGAUUGGUGUAUCUCUAAUGUGAUUGAAUGAUCUCAAUUGUUUAAAUCAUGUGCUCAGAUGAUGGAUUGAACCUGGUAAGGUAUCAAAUGUAAGGUUGAAAUCACCAGAUCCUUGUCAAGAUGGAAACAAGGCCUGUAGAGAGAGAAUUCUCUAAUGGUGAUGUUUAUUCUGGUCAACUUAAAAGAACCCUUCCUCAUGGGAAGGGAAAGUAUGCAUGGCCUGAUGGAAUCGUUUACGAGGGUGAUUGGGAAGAAGGGAAAAUAUCUGGGAGAGGAAAGCUUAUGUGGUCAUCUGGAGCUAAAUAUGAGGGGGAUUUCUCCGGGGGAUAUCUUCAUGGCUUUGGCACAUUGACUUUGCCUGAUGGAUCUGUCUACGCUGGAGCAUGGAGAAUGAAUGUACGGCACGGUCUUGGAAGGAAAGAGUAUUGUAACUCAGAUGUAUAUGAUGGCUCAUGGAGAGAAGGAUUACAAGAUGGCAGUGGUAGUUAUUCUUGGUACAAUGGAAAUAGGUUCAUUGGUAACUGGAAAAAGGGUAAAAUGUCUGGCAGAGGGGUUAUGAGCUGGGCAAAUGGUGAUCUCUUUAACGGGUUUUGGUUGAAUGGUCUUAGACAUGGAUCUGGAGUUUAUAAGUAUGCCGAUGGCGGUUUUUAUUUUGGAACCUGGUCACGUGGCCUAAAAGAUGGGAGUGGAGUCUUUUAUCCUGCUGGAAGCAAACACCCUUCUCUAAAGAAGUGGCAUCGGCAUUUUGGUUACGAUGACACCGGAAAUUUCCUCCUUUCUCAUAAUUCAACAACAAAUAUUGAUGAUUUACGGACUUCAAAAGCUGUAUCACGAAGUCUUUCUGAGUUAACCACAACAAGUGGACUGACGAGAACUUCGGAGAGGUAUCCUGAUGAUUAUUGGAGCACCAGUGACCCUCCAAGAGACUUUCUGCAUCAUGGGCCCUCAUCCAAGUCUGCACGGUCUGUUGACUCUGGUCAAAGCGAGAUACGGGAUAAGAACCCUAUCGUUUUUGAAAGGGAAUACAUGCAAGGAGUUUUGAUUAAAGAACGAAUUAUGAGUUCUAUCGAUAUGUCACACAGGGCUAGACCUUUGAAUCUUACUAAAGAAGUCACAGUUAGCACUUGUGUGAGCUUUCUAGGGGGGAAAUGGAACCAUUAUCUAAUGCUAAAUCUCCAACUCGGUAUCAGGUAUACUGUUGGGAAAAUCACACCAGUGCCUCCACGGGAAGUUCGUGCUUCUGACUUUAGUGAAAGAGCCAGAAUCAUGAUGUUCUUCCCUAGAAACGGUUCCCAGUAUACACCUCCACACAAGUCCAUUGAUUUUGAUUGGAAAGACUAUUGUCCUAUGGUUUUCAGGAAUUUAAGGGAGAUGUUCAAGUUAGAUGCUGCAGACUACAUGAUGUCUAUUUGUGGCGAUGAUGGCCUGAGGGAAAUUUCGUCCCCUGGGAAAAGUGGCAGUAUCUUCUACCUUUCUCACGACGACAGAUUUGUGAUAAAGACAUUAAAAAGAUCUGAGUUGAAGGUUCUACUCAGGAUGUUGCCUAGGUACUAUGAACAUGUAGGAAACUAUGAAAAUACGCUCAUAACGAAAUUUUUUGGAGUUCACAGAAUAAAACUCAAGUGGGGUAAAAAGGUACGCUUUGUGGUCAUGGGGAAUAUGUUUUGCACAGAAUUGAAGAUUCAUCGCCGCUAUGACCUAAAGGGCUCAACUCAAGGAAGAUUUACAGCAAAGAAUAAAAUUGGAGAGAAGACUACCAUGAAAGAUCUUGAUCUAGCUUAUGAAUUUCAAAUGGACAAGCUGCUGCGAGAGGCUCUCUUCAAGCAAAUUAUUUUAGACUGUUCGUUCUUGGAAUCUCUGCAAAUCCUUGAUUACAGUCUUCUCUUGGGAUUACAUUUUAGAGCUCCUGAUCCACUUACUGAUAUCCUGGAGCCUCCCAAUGAAAUGUCAGAUCAAGAAAGUGAUAGUAUUGCUUCUGUUGACGUCAGUUUGCCUCGUGAACCCGCCAUUCCCCCAAAAGGGCUACUAAUGGUUACCCACGAACCCAAUUCCGUUAAUACCGCCCCGGGUCCUCACAUCAGAGGUAGCACACUACGAGCAUUCUCUGUCGGCGAGCAAGAAGUUGAUCUUAUUCUACCUGGAACUGCAAGGCUCCGGGUACAGUUAGGAGUGAACAUGCCAGCUCAAGCCCACCACAAACUCCGUCAAGACAAGGAGGAAUCAGGAACUGUCGAGCUCUUUGAAAUAUAUGAUGUGGUUGUGUACAUGGGUAUCAUUGACAUCCUCCAAGAGUACAACAUGAAGAAGAAAGUGGAACAUACUUGCAAAUCUAUGAAAUAUGAUCCGAUGACAAUUUCAGCCAUCGAGCCUACACUUUACUCUAAACGAUUCAUCGAUUUCCUCCUUAAGGUAUUCCCAGAAAAAGCAUAAAGAAAGAUCACAACGGAACAUUUAUCUUCCCUUAAGAUGAAAUGGUUCAUGAUUUGACUCGGUCGAUAAUAUUCUUUCCUGUUCAUAAGCCAUAAAAAGACUCUUGAGGG